UCAUCCAUCACUACUAAAUUGAAUGUGCAACAGAAGAUACCACACCAUAGCUCAGUGGCGCUUCAAUGAUGUUGCAGGGGAAGGCGAUUAUGGGAUGGUAAAGGCAGGAGGGUAAACAAUCCUCGCUUCAUCGUGAUCCUUUCACACAGGUAGUGUCAUGCCAGUCAUUAUUUGUUGGUACUCUGAACUGGUCAUCGUUCUUGUAUUGUGACGGUAUCUGGAGUAGUAAAUUAAUAAUUAACAGUUUGCAAAAAAAUAUUUGUUGACACUGAUGUAUAAGAGCUGAUAGCUGUACUGUUACUGUGCAUAAACACAUUUGAUACAAUCACAUCAAAUACCGUGAAUUUUAUUGUUUUUCACGAUUGCUUGAGAUUAUAGAAUUAUCUGGAUUCAAUUAGCCAAAAUGAGUAAAGUUUUGAACGAGGUUUGUGAUAUGUUGGACACAUACACUGGGCGGGAUAAGAUUGUCAGAACACUUUGUUAUACCACGAAACUUGCAUCUGGGCUGUAUGCGGGCAAAGAUGCUGAUUUUGCCAAGAAAUUGGCCAUUUUCAGCUCCAAAAUGUCACAAACGAGAGCUACACUACGACUUUUCGAUGACUUGCCCAUGCUUAGCUAUUCACUCAGCUACGGAAUCGGAAAUAAGGAACCAGACAGAAUAAUGGGCCUUAUUGGUUUCAUUACCAAUAUCAUCGAUCACGUGUACUAUCCAGUUGAUAAAAUAUGCUGGAUGAUUGAAUACAAAUUACUCAAUGUUGAAAACCCUACAAAAUGGGAUACUGCGAAUUCCAUCUUUUGGGUGGCAUCGAUAUACCUGAACCUAAUGAAGACAAUCCGAAGUUACACCGUCAUGGAGCAACAUAAAACACACAUCAACAAGCCGGAAAAUGAAUCAAGCCAAGCAGUGAAACUGCUACUGAUAAAACAACGAAUGGAACUAAUCUCCAUCGUGAGGCUUACGCUUGACUUGGUGCACGCCGGAAGCACACUGCCGAAAGGAAUGCUGUGGGGUGGAAAGUUCGAAUCCUGGCACAUAGGAAUGAUUGGAACGAUCUCCUCGUUUAUUGGACUAUACCAGUACUUUGCAAAGAAACGAAUCAUAAGUAAAAGCUCUUAGUGUAUGGGACUUUUUUUUAGAGAGUGGAAGAAGUUUGGAUUGUAAAAUGUUGUUUUCUAGGAAUGAUACUAAACUAACAAAAAUGA